AUGCCGCGACAUAGGAGAUGUCGAGCGUCAUCUGGUGGCCAGAGGACGACCCACUCUCGCACCGACCGAGCAGAGCUGCUGUUUUCCAUGAGCCAUGUGGAACGCGUCCUGCGGGAGCGCCACUUCUUGCAGUGCAUGAGACCUCACACACCGGUCUUCGCAGCGGCAGUCAUCCAGUACCUGACGGCCAAGGUCUUGGAGCUGGUGGGCAACGAGGCCCAGAAACAUGGCAGUGGGUGCAUCACACCAGAGAUCUUCUCACAGGCGGCCCCGGCCGAGCAGUAG